AUGGGACGCCGUAUCCGUAUCCAGCGUAAAGGAGCUGGUGGUAUCUUCAAGAGCCACAACAAGCACCGCAAGGGAGCCUCCAAGCUUCGCCCACUCGACUAUGCCGAGCGUCACGGCUACAUCAAGGGACUCGUGAAGGACAUCAUCCACGACCCAGGAAGAGGAGCUCCACUCGCCGUCGUCGCUUUCCGCGACCCUUACAAGUACAAGACGGUCAAGACCACCGUUGUUGCUGCCGAAGGCAUGCACACCGGACAGUUCAUCCACUGCGGAGUUAAGGCCCAAGUCCAGAUCGGAAACAUCGUUCCAGUCGGAACCCUUCCAGAAGGAACCACCAUCUGCAACGUUGAGAACAAGACUGGUGACCGUGGAGUUAUCGCCCGUGCUUCCGGAAACUACGCCACCGUCAUCGCUCACAACCCAGACACCAAGAAGACCCGUAUUCGUCUCCCAUCUGGAGCCAAGAAGGUCAUCCAAUCCGCCAACAGAGCCAUGAUCGGACUUGUUGCUGGAGGAGGACGUACCGACAAGCCACUUCUCAAGGCCGGAAGAUCGUACCACAAGUACAAAGCAAAGAGAAACAGCUGGCCACGUGUCAGAGGAGUUGCCAUGAAUCCAGUUGAACAUCCACACGGAGGAGGUAACCAUCAACAUAUUGGACAUCCAUCUACCGUCAGAAGAGACGCCAGUGCCGGAAAGAAGGUCGGACUUAUCGCUGCCCGUCGUACCGGAAGAAUUCGUGGAGGAAAGCCAGUCAAGUUCACCAAGGAAGAGACUGUCUAA